UCCCUCCAGGUGGCCAUGCUGAAUGGGGAGACAAGCAACUCCGCCGCCAGGAAUGUGAUCCGCAGCUCCAGCAUCAGUGGAGAAAUGUACAAUAUCGAGAAGAGCAAUAGUGGCAACUCCGAUUCAGCAAGUCUCUCCUCCACUAAGAAGCGGCGAUCCAGCCUGGGGGCCAAGAUGGUAGCUAUUGUGGGGCUGUCACAGUGGAGCAGGAGUACUAUGCAGCUCAAUCAUCCCGAUGGUGGCUUAAAGAAACUUCGAAGUAACAUUCGUCGCAGCACUGAGACUGGGAUUGCUGUGGAGAUGAGAAACAGGGUCACCCGUCAAGGCAGUCGGGAGUCAACCGAUGGAAGUACUAACAGCAACAGCUCCGAUGGCACAUUUAUUUUCCCCACAACCAAGCUGGGAGUUGAAAGCCAGUUCAGUGACUUCCUAGAUGGUCUUGGACCAGCACAAAUUGUAGGGCGACAAACACUCGCUACUCCACCAAUGGGUGAUGUCCAUGUUGGGAUGAUUGACCGGAAUGGACAGCUAGAGGUAGAAGUGAUAGAAGCCCGAGGCCUCAUUCCCAAACUAGGAUCCAAGUCUUUCCCUGGAAUAUCUUUGAGAGGCAAAACAGACCCGCUCCUACCUUAUCUAAGAAUAAGUUCUGAAACCCAUGGAAAGGUGAUUGUCUGGGGAGACUAUGGCCGCAUGGACCACAAGUGCUUCAUGGGGAUGGCUCAGAUUGUCCUAGAUGAGCUGGACCUGUCCAGUGUAGUGACAGGUUGGUAUAAGCUCUUUCCCACUUCCUCGUUGGCAGACUCCACCAUCGGACCCCUUACUCGUCGCCUUUCUCAGUCUUCACUAGAGAGUUCAAUAAGCCCUUCUUGUCCUUAA